AUGUUGAUCCGACUCCGCCCCCUCCUGGCCCCUCGACGUCAUCUUGGUCGCCAGAAUCCGACGAGAGAUUCUGAAUUAGAAGACGUGGAAUGUGUGAUUUGUCUAAUCGAUAUCAAACAGAGACAAAAGACGAUCAAAUGUCAUCAAUGUCGACGUAGAUUCCAUUCGAAGUGUGCAUCUGAUUGGCUGAAAGUGAAGAGCGAGUGCCCGGCAUGUCGUGGACGACUUCUGGAUCCUCACGAAUUUCCGGCGUUCGGCCCAUCGCUUCUGACAAAAGCUCUCCGCUGGACGACUCUCGGUGUGGAACUCUAUGUCACUCGGCCAAUCAGCAGUCUAUCUCUCCGGCGCCUAACACUCUCCGAACCACCAAUCCCUCUUUGGCUCAGAAAUGGCGACUUUUUAGUGAUGCACGGCGAGCAACGACUCGUUUAUCAGGCGAUUCCGUGUAUUAGACCGAAAAUUGAGAAACAAGAUUUUGAGACGAAUGGAUAG